GUUGCAAUUAAAAAAAGUAAUUAUUGUGAAAUUAUCUAAGAAUAUACAUCAAGUAGCAAAUUCGUUGAAAUAUAUAUAAUCAAAAAACUGAAUUCCUCAGACAGCUUUGGUAUAAAAUGUUAAGAAUUUUUAGCACCUCCGCUAGAACGCUAAAUGCGACAAAAACAUCUAUAAACAGGCAAUGGGUGGCGAAUAUUAGUACAACAGUUGCCACAGGACAACAAGAAAAAUUGUCAUCAUCGCAAGAAUUUAGACAGAAGCGCGUCAAAUUUAAUAUUAAGACGGAUAAUAUAGAGGGCAGACCAUUAUAUUUAGAUGCUCAAGCCACAACGCCACUGGAUCCCCGUGUUUUGGAUGCCAUGAUGCCGUAUAUGACAAAUUUAUAUGGUAAUCCCCAUUCUCGUACUCAUGCCUAUGGCUGGGAAACAGAACAAGCUGUAGAAAUUGCCCGUGAACAGGUGGCAAAUAUUAUUGGGGCCGAGCCCAAAGAAAUUAUAUUCACUUCAGGUGCUACAGAAUCCAAUAAUGUGGCUGUCAAGGGUGUAGCCAGAUUUUAUGGUUCGAAGAAAAAACAUGUUAUCACCACACAAACUGAACACAAAUGUGUUUUGGAUUCAUGUCGUGCCUUGGAGAAUGAAGGUUUUCGUGUAACUUAUUUGCCUGUCAAGGCGAAUGGUAUAAUUGAUAUGCAGGAAUUGGAUAAAGCAAUGACUCCAGAUACCUCGUUGGUUUCCAUAAUGACAGUUAAUAAUGAAAUUGGUGUUAAACAACCCAUUGCUGACAUUGGUGCUCUUUGUCGUUCGAAAAAGGUCUUCUUCCAUACUGAUGCGGCUCAGGCAGUUGGUAAAAUUCCUUUGGACGUUAACACCAUGAACAUUGAUUUAAUGUCCAUCUCGGGACAUAAAAUCUAUGGCCCCAAAGGUGUUGGUGCUCUUUAUGUUCGCAGACGUCCACGUGUACGUCUUGAACCCAUUCAAAGUGGUGGUGGACAAGAAAGAGGUCUGCGUAGUGGCACAGUUCCAGCUCCUUUGGCUGUCGGUUUGGGAGCUGCUGCAGAAUUGGCACAACGAGAAAUGGAAUAUGAUACGAAAUGGAUUGAAUUUUUAUCGAAACGUUUGUUGGAUCGCCUAACGUCAGAAUUGCCUCAGGUAAUACGUAAUGGUGAUGCCGAACAAACAUAUAGUGGCUGUUUGAAUCUUUCAUUCGCCUAUGUCGAGGGUGAAUCCCUAUUAAUGGCUCUUAAAGAUGUAGCCUUAUCUUCGGGCUCAGCUUGUACAUCCGCAUCAUUGGAGCCAUCUUACGUUUUGAGAGCUAUUGGUACCGACGAAGAUUUGGCACACAGUUCGAUUAGAUUUGGUAUUGGUAGAUUUACUACUAUGGAAGAAGUCGAUUAUAUAGCCGACAAAUGCAUAAAACAUGUGGAACGUCUUCGUGAAAUGUCACCUUUAUGGGAAAUGGUACAAGAAGGCAUUGAUAUAAAGACCAUACAAUGGUCACAACAUUAAAUAGUGUAGCUUAAACUUUAUAAACAUAUACUUAUAACGACUGCUUGUAUAAAUCUAUACAUAUAUAUGAAAAAUUA